GCUCGAGGAAAUGUUGCAACGAAACGAUGGAAAAGGUAGAAAGAGGUUAUUGUCGCGUUUUUUCUCUUGUCGCUGCAUAUUUUUCGUGAGGAUUGUUACGUACUGUCAAAAGAAGGUCGUCUCAGUAAAUGCUGAAUCUCCUCAGCCUAGCUUAGUUUGCUAGCUGCUAACAAAGAGACGCGGAAGUUAUCAGCACAUCGCUAAGCAGAGCCCAAGUGUGAGUGUGAAGUAUUGUGAUUGUGUGAAAAUGUGUAAAGUACGAAUGCUGAGAGCGUUGGUGAAUCAGCGACUGGCUGUGGCUGUUGAAGAAAUAUUUGUAGUGUUGGAAAGAACGAUAGCAGAGUACGACGAGGAACUUUCUCGAACAAAAGAGGAGAACCAGCGACAACGUCAACUACUGGACGCUGUUUUCAAGAAGCAUGAAGUUGUGUUACACAGAGCAGACAUCAGUGAGCAGCAGGGGUGGAGCUCCAGCGUGGAGCAAGAGGGGCCACAGCCCCCCCACAUUAAAGAAGAGGAGGAGCCACAGCCCCUACACAUUAAAGAGGAAGAGGAGGGUCACUGCAUCAGUCAGGAGGGAGAGCAUCUUGAAGGAUUGGAGGAGUUCCCAGUGAUUGUUGUCCCUGUGAAGAGUGAAGACGAUGAAGGCAAAGAUGAAAGUGAGGAGAAGAGAGAGGUGGAGCCUCCAAGCAGCAGCUCAACUCAACACAUGACAACAGAAGCUGAUGGAGACCACUGUGGAGUAUCACAAGCAGACAACCUCUUAGCUCCACUAUCAGAUAGUGACGACACAACGUCACACUCUCCUGACACUGAUGAUGAAGGCUCUAAAGCUGAUAUGACAUGUCACACUGACAACACACACUUUAAAUGCUCUCACUGUGACAAAACAUUUAAGUACCAUAGUCAUUUGAAAAUGCACAUGAGAAGCCACACCGGAGAGAAACCAUUCAAGUGCUCAGUUUGUGGCAAAAGAUACUCUCGGAAGCUAAGUUUGACAGAACAUACUAGAAUACAUACUGGAGAGAAACCUUUUCCCUGUUCAGUAUGUGGUAUAGGAUUUAGACUAAAUCAAGAUUUGCAAAUACAUUUGAGAACACACACUGGAGAGAACCCUUUUUCCUGUUCAAUCUGUGGUAAAAGAUUCUCUCGAAAGUCAAAUUUGACAGCACACACCAAAGUACACACUGAGGAGAAAACUUUUAUCUGUUCAGUGUGUGGUAAAGGUUUUUCCCAAAAUCAGUAUUUGAAAAUACACAUGAAAAGACAUGCUCCAGAAAAACCAUAUUCCUGUUCAGUGUGUGGUAAAGGUUAUGCAAAAAAAGAUGAUUCGGAAAUUCACAUCAGAACACACACUAGUAUGAAAAUGUUUAGGUGCAGAGUGUGUGACGAAAGAUUCUCUUAUCAGUUCCAGCUUCACAAUCACAAGUGCGCUGGUGAGAACAGCAGCAGUAAAUGAAGCUGCAGGACUUGAAAUAAACUGUCAAGACUUUGAUAACUUGGAUUUUCUAACAUCACCACAUAUAAUGUGACAUUAUUGUGUGUGUUGUGCUUCUAACAUUAAAAUGCUGUGUUUGUGUAGGUGACGUGUAGGUGAUGCAGCGUAAGGUGAAAGUAGAGGUAGCAAAGGCCAAACAAGGGUCUUAUGAUGACUUGUAUGCUAGGUUGGAUAGUAAGGAGGGAGAGACUGAUCUAUACAGGUUGGCAAGACAGAGAUGGGAAGGACGUGCAGCAGGUUAAGGUGAUUAAGGAUAGGGAUGGAAGUCUAUUGACAAGUGCCAGUAGUGUGAUGGGAAGAUGGAAAGAGUACUUUGUAGAGCUGAUGAAUGUGGAAAAUGAGAGAGAACAAAGACUAGAAGAGGUGACUUGUGGACCAGGAAGUAGCAACGAUUAGUCGGGAUGAAGUGAGGAGGGCAUUGAAGAGGAUGAAGAGUGGAAAGGCCGUCAGUCCUGAUGAUAUACCUGUAGAGGUUUGGAAGUGUCUAGGAGAGGUGGCAGUAGAGUUUCUGACUGGGUAGUUCAACAGGAUCUUAGAUCAUGAAAAGAUGCCUGAGGAAUAGAGGAGAAGUGUGCUGGUGCCCAUUUUCAAGAACAAGGGAGAUGUGCAGAGCUGUGGCAACUACAGAGGAAUAAAGCUGAUGAGCCAUACAAUGAAGUUAUGGGAAAGAUUAGUUGAAGCUAGACUAAGGAAUAUAGAGAUAAAGUCAGAGAGGCCAGACUGAGAUGGUUUGGACAUGUCCAGAGGAGAGAUAGGGAAUAUAUAGGUAGAAGGAUGCUGAGUUUUGAACUGCCAGGCAGGAGGCCUAGAGGAAGUUUAUGAAUGUAGUGAAAGAGGACAUGAAGGUAGUUGGUGUGAGAGAAGAGGAUGCAGAAGACUGGGUUAGAUGGAGGGAAUCGAUUCGCUGUGACGAACUCUGAAGAGAAAAGCCGAAAGGAAAAGAAGAGUGUAGGUGACGUCAUAAUGCAAUACAGUAGGCUAGUUUCAUGUGCCGUCAGACUACUUCCGCUUUUGUCUGUUCAAGGGCCAACGUUUCCAUCCUCAGUAUUGACUUGCACGUUGUACACAAACAAAUCAUACCCAGAGUGGGAUCAAUAAUGUUUUAUUUCUACGAUUGUUGUCAUUCUAAUGGCUGGUCCCAGCUGUGUGGCGUUGGCCAGAAUGAGAGCGCCUUGUGGGACCGGUUUGGACCCGGUCCAGUAUGACGAAUGCAGGUCAUCUCGCACGAUGCUUCCAGUCCAACUGCUGCUUCAUCCGGUAUUGCUGCUUGGCGUCACCACUGGGAUCUUUCCUUUUAGUGGAAGCAGGCCGUCCAGGGGAAGCUGCAACUGCAAAAGUCUCAAAUGAUGCAUACCAGCAGGACCAGCAGAAGUUGUCACACCAUCAGUCAAGACUGACCAAUGAAAACAAUAACAUCAGUAAGAAGAAACACAUGCAAAACAUUUCAGAAAGAAACAAAAUGUAUAGUUGAUUGAGAUUUUUUUUUAUUUGUAAACAAAAGGGUCAUUUAAAAAAAUACAUUUUGUGAAAAUAAUUUUGUUUGCAAAUGUUUGUUUAUUUUAAAACCAUUUGUUUGUUUGAUGGAUUUUAAAAAAUUCUAUAGUCAGGUAAUUGAAUUAAAAUGCAUGUAUUUCGGAUGUGUGAGGAAGCCACACUAUCUGGAGAAUUUAUUUUUAGUCUGAAAGGCAAUUAUGGUAAUGAGGAAACAUUCUAAAUUCAAAGUGAUGUGUGGUUAAACUGUAAAAACAAUAAGGAUAUGCUCCAUUCCCUGCAGCUGACUGCACAAUAUGGUACAUACUAAUUGUUGGUGAGGAGUGUAAUGACACCUCCUCGGCUAAGGGAGGCAGUAUCACUAGAAUGUACUCGCUGUGACGUAUUUGUCGGAAGUU